UCAAAGCAGCGAAUUUGCGGAUUUGAAAUCAAGAGAAGAGGAGGCUAAAGAACUUGAAAGACUUAAGAAAGAUGCUUGUCCUUGUCAAUUUAAGGUUACAAGUCGCAUAGUUCGAGCUUUAUUCGAAAUUGCUUUGAGUCGUAACUGGGCUCAAGUUUCGUCUAUUUUAUUAGAUUUAUGUAAAGAGGACAUGAGAGAUAUGUCCUCGGCUGAACUUAGACAAUUAAUUAGGCAGAAUAACAUGGGCACUUAUAUUUCUAAAUGUGUAGACAUGUUUCCGAUGCUUAAAUUGGAAGCACAAGUUGCACCGAUUGCACAACCACGGUGGAUAUUCGUCGAGGAUUCUGAAAAUGUUGAAUUACAUCAUUCAGAAUAUUUUAUAUUAAACAGGAAGCAACUUGAUGAAAAUCAAUAUACAUAUUAG